CAUCAGCCCGCGCGUCGAGCGGAGACCGAGCGGCACAACACAACGCCUCUGCAGUCUGCAGUGGAUCAUCCAGGUCUAAAAUGGCAGGAGCAGAGGGAGACGAUUCGCUUUAUCCCAUCGCGGUUUUAAUCGAUGAAUUGAGGAAUGAAGAUGUUCAGUUGCGGCUUAACAGUAUUAAGAAGUUGUCCACUAUUGCUCUUGCUCUGGGAGUGGAAAGAACACGGACUGAACUACUGCCCUUCCUUACUGACACCAUAUAUGAUGAGGAUGAAGUUCUUCUGGCCUUGGCUGAGCAGCUCGGGAGCUUCACUGUACUGGUUGGAGGCCCAGAGUUUGUGCACUGUCUCUUGCCUCCCCUGGAGAGUUUGGCCACAGUGGAGGAAACGGUUGUGCGGGACAAGGCCGUGGAGUCUCUGCGAAAGAUCUCUCAGGAACAUUCCCCCGUAGACCUAGAGGUGCAUUUUGUACCACUUGUGAAGCGUUUGGCCAGCGGGGACUGGUUCACCUCCCGAACGUCUGCGUGCGGGCUGUUCGGCGUCUGCUACCCACGUGUGUCCAGCACUGUUAAAGCGGAAAUCCGUCAGCACUUCCGCACACUUUGCUCGGACGACACUCCCAUGGUGCGUCGAGCUGCCUCGUCUAAGCUUGGCGAGUUUGCGAAGGUUCUGGAGCUGGACUAUGUUAAGAGUGACAUCAUUCCUCUCUUUACAGCACUAGCAUCUGAUGAGCAGGACUCUGUGCGUCUCUUGGCGGUAGAAGCUGGUGUCAGCAUUGCUGCUCUGCUGCCACAGGAAGACUUGGAGGAUCUGGUCAUGCCCACUUUACGCCAGGCCGCCGAGGAUAAGUCCUGGAGGGUGCGCUACAUGGUGGCAGACAAAUUCUCAGAAUUGCAAAAAGCAGUUGGCCCAGAGAUCACCAAGAACGAUCUGGUCCCGGCGUUCCAGAACUUGUUGAAAGACUGCGAGGCAGAGGUCCGAACUGCUGCUGCCAACAAGGUGAAAGUAUUCUGUGAAAGUUUGCCUGAAGACAGCAGGGAGACCAUCAUCAUGACUCAUAUUCUGCCAUGCGUCAAGGAGCUGGUGUCUGACACAAACCAGCAUGUAAAGUCUGCCCUGGCUUCUGUCAUCAUGGGUCUGUCUACCAUCUUGGGCAAGGACAACACCGUAGAACAUCUGCUACCUCUUUUCCUGGUCCAACUGAAAGACGAGUAUCCCGAGGUGCGUCUGAACAUCAUCUCUAAUCUGGACUGCGUGAAUGAGGUGAUCGGGAUUCGGCAGCUCUCUCAGUCUUUGCUGCCAGCUAUAGUAGAGCUGGCUGAGGAUGCCAAGUGGAGGGUUCGACUGGCCAUCAUUGAGUACAUGCCUUUGCUGGCUGGCCAACUGGGAGUGGAGUUCUUCGACGAGAAGUUGAAUUCCCUGUGCAUGGCAUGGCUCAUUGAUCACGUAUAUGCCAUCCGAGAGGCUGCCACCUGCAACCUCAUGAAGCUGGUGGAGAAGUUUGGAGCAGAAUGGGCCCAGAACACCAUUGUGCCCAAAGUCCUUGGCAUGGCCAAUGAUUCCAACUACCUGCACAGGAUGACCACUCUCUUCUGCAUCAAUGCUCUGUCUGAAGUAUGUGGACAGGAAAUCACCACCAAGCACAUGUUGCCUGUAGUUCUCAAGAUGUCCACUGAUCAGGUGGCCAAUGUGCGCUUCAAUGUGGCUAGGUGCUUACAGAAGAUCGGACCAGUUUUGGACAGCAGUGCUUUGCAGGCUGAGGUUAAACCAGUCCUGGAGAAACUAGCUACAGACCAAGAUAUGGAUGUUAAGUACUUUGCUCUAGAGGCUAUUAGUGUUCUUGCCUUGGCCUGACUGACUUCCUCACCACAUCCAGUGAAAAACUGACAACACAAGACCUGUUGCAUUCUAUUUAUUGUUCCUUUUGAAUGAUUAAGUAUCGUCAGUGUGUUCUUGUUUACUCUAAAAGAUAUUGAAUGAUCAAAGGAUGAACUUUCUAUCAAGUUUGACCUCAAACACUAAGCUAAGCUCUGCAUGCUUGUACAACUUACGCAUAGCUCUUUGCAAACAUCACCCCAUGAGCCAUUCCAGUGUGAUCGUAUCGUAAUCGGUACAUGCCUGCUUCAGCGUUCCUUUUGCAUUUCUAAGACUGGAGCUCAUCUGCCAGUAGUAGAUGGUGCGAAAUGCCUGUUUAUUUGCUUCAGUAGAUUUGCUAGCGCACAGCACAUUGUUUACAUGUGCUCCCUCUGUAGAGGGAAUAAAAAUCUCAUGUGCUCACAUGGUUUAACCGCAGAGUCCUCCGUGUUCACAGGGCAGAUAGUGUUCUGAGCGCAUGAUUAGAUUGCGGUCUCUCUAGAAAUUUGCUUUACGCAAUGAAGUCACACCUUUAUCAUGAGCUUUUUCAUCGAGGGACCAUAUAAUUUAAUCAGUUGUGCUGUAACACGGGAUACACACAACAUCAAUGCAUGCAGUUUUACCUGGUCCUACGUGGUCCUGAAUAGCCCCCUUUAUAAACUUGUAGAUUUUAACUUUUGUGCCAAUGAAAUGUCUAGUUAUAAUACAGUUUCUUAUUUUGUAAGUUUUUCAAUAUACAAUUUUUUUCUCUUUAAGUGGAGGGCAUGUUAAGUGUUCAUAAGUGGUCUUUAAGUGGUCAUGUCAUGAAAUUAUUGGGCUGGUAUGGAGGAAUGGUGUCUUGUGUGGGACUUAAAUCAGCAAUAUUCAUUGUUACAAACAACUUGAACCUACUGCAUUCUGAGGAAACCCUUUGUUUAUGGUCAAUAUCAUGACAACUUGUAGUUUUGUUUUUUAACUCAUUUGGGAAAUUGGUGUACUUUUGGGAGCAAAUAAAGUCAUUUGAACUA